AUGGUGCCCCCCAGAUGGACAAGCACAGAGCAGUUACUCUGGCUGCAGAAUGAGAUGCCUGGAUACUUGCAGAUGCAAAAAGAGAAGAAAUUGCCUCGAUUCUUUGAUUCAUUGUUCCCAAGGUGGUUUAGCAACUUUCCAGAAGAGACAGAACUAAAUGGCAGCCCACCUUGUGAUGAGAACACUGGCAUAAAUGAGCCCAGCAGUGCAGGCAUUGGGUCCGUUAUUGACACAGCCCAGCUCAAUUCUAUAAAUGCACCUGAUUUAGUCGAACAAGAAGACAGCCAGUCCAACUCACCUCCAAUGGGAGUGGCAGAACAACACAAAAAAUUGUGGGAAUGGUUCCGAAAUAACUCAAAGCGAAAGACAACACCUGGUGGCAGCUCAACUGGUAGAGCCCUGUCUGUACUACUUGGCCAGCACGCACGAGGUACUCGAGACCUCAAAGAGAUUGAAGUGUAUUCCAAACUGCACUAUGAGUCAAAAGUCAAACCGUUGGUUGAAGACACUCUUAAAAAUAAUAUUGUGCAACCUACCCAAAGGCUUAGUACAGUUCAGCUACACACCACUGAAUGCUUUGCAGAAGAGUCAGAAGACAUUAAGAAAGAAAUUCGGGAGGAGACUGUACGUCUCAAUGCUUCCAGAAGAUUGGGUGAUAUUGAGGGUCAGCAUCCGAGAACAAAGGAAGAAGUUUAUCGGACAAUUCAAGAGCUGCCUUUGAUUCUAGGUCAAGUUUUUGAGGAACUCUCAGCAUUGACAGGUGGAUGGCACUACACCAUUGUCAUGGGCGGAGCUGAUCCGUUGUGUGAAGGUGACAUCAUGAUGUUGAGUUACCACCAUGGUAAAACUGCAGAUGGUCCAUCUUCAAAGUGUAUAUCAGCACCCUCAUCUACCCCGACCUCGUCUCAUCUUGCGCCCGUUGGCCUCAUCUCACUGGAUGAAUUUCCGAACAAGUCCUCACUUGGAGAGAAUGUGAUAUCCGGGCCUGUGGUUGGUCCUUCUCUGUUGCAAGAACUUGGGGACUUAGUGUUGAAUCCUUACAUCAACCUGGACUUCGGUGGAUCUGUGGGAGUGAACAAACAUGGUGACUGGUUGAUGCACGCUAGUAGCAGUGACCCAAACCUCCCAUCUCCCCGUAACAUGACGGACACGCCAAUCACUGCUUGGAGAAAGUCAAUGGCGCUCAAUGAAGACCCGCUCGCAUCCCCCACCUUUAAUCGCAUUCAACAACGAGGUUCAAGUGCAGAGGGUCCAUCAGCCGAAGCAGUCCCUCCUUUCCUACCUCAUCCAUUGUCACCGCUUCAUACCACCCUCUUGCCCCAGCCUUCUUCGUUCUUUGUGUUUCCUGCACUCGAGGAGGUCGACACGCUUCCCACGCUCCAACACCAUGAUCCAUUAGCGUUCAACCAGCCCAUGUUUAAUUCAGGGCUACGCUCACCUCCAGACCAACCGAUUCCGUUACCUUUGUCCCCGCUUGUAUCCACAGCCUCCAAGUCACCGCAUUCCAAGUCUGUUGAACAUCAACCUUCGCCAGCGUCUCACCAGCCAACUCCUCAACCUAAUUUGGAGGCGAUGACAGUGUCCAUUGACUGUCAAUCUUCGCCAGCUUCUCACCGGCCGACACCUCACGACAUUGUAGGUGUUUCUGCUGAUGAUCAUCCUCAACCCAAUUUGGAGGUGAGGACAGUGUCUUCAUUACCUACCGCUGCCUCUGGCAGACGCUCGGGACACGCACCACGUCCUUCUAUGCAAGCUGAUGGAGCCAAUAAAAUUGGUGGCUAUAACUCACAAUGUGAAACAAAGCUCACACCAAAGAGGAAGCUGACUGAAGUCCAGCGUGGUGUUGGAGGGUCGAAGAAAAGGUCUCGGAAGUAG